CGUUACAGGUACACAGUCAAAACCAUCAUCGUGGUAUCCAUAGCCCUCGAACCUAACGCCUCUCGCAUUAAACGACUUUUACAAACUGCUUCAACAUGGCACCACGAUCAUCGCGUCUGGGAAAUGUCCUCCUCGCUGCAUCCCUUAUAAGCACCUCCGCCGCACAAAACACCACAAAUACCACAGAACCCGUUAACUGCAACCCGGGCGGCCGUACGCCUUCUUACGAGCAGCCUGUAAAUGGCACACGUACAUGGAACGUCUCUCUCGGGGACGCAAUCGACCUCUACGUCUCCCUCACAUUCGGCGAAUCCCGCAACAAUCCUCGCAACAGCACCGAUAACCGCGUCUUCGACCCAUGGACAUACGCAUACAUUAGCGCUCCCGAAAAUACCACAACUCAAGCAUGUGUAUAUAUGUUUGAUGCACUAGACAACCACCGGCAAGGCGGCGGCCAGAAUGGCUGUGACGGCGUGAUAUCACAGAAAUGCCAGGACUUACUGGAGAAGGAAUACGCGUUUCCUGUCAACAUUCUUCAACUCAUCGACAGCUCAAAAAACGGCUAUCAAUGCCCCGGCUUGUCGCUUGACAAAGAUGAAGUGGACGAGGCUUGUGGUGAAGGGUUCUGGGGCGGAAUUAGCACGAGUAAGUGCAGCAUUUCAUUCUCUCCACCAACCUAUCUACGAACACAUCACAUCUAGUUUGGACUCACUAACAAAUCAUCUAGCCCGUACAGCAAACCUUACAAACACCACUUGCAAUGCCGCUCCCCCUGGCAUCGACGUACCAGCUGGCUUCAGCACGCGCGGACUCUUCGGCGUGGGCCCCACACAAGAACCCUGGGACUACGAUACCAACGUUGACAACUUCACUUGGUACGAUGAAUACAUCACGAGGCCUGUCCCGGUUCUUGUUGCUGCUGUGUCUGAAGAGGCAUCUAUGAGUGGCGUG